AUGGCUGGGCCGUACGGUACCCUAGUUAUAUUGAUCCGCGAUUUUCGAGCUAAUGCUGAGCUGAAUCCUGGACUUUACUUUGGCUUGGUGGUUGGCAACACCUGCAUACGCUUCAAUCAGAUACGAGAUGUUCUAGAGUUUCCUAUCGAGGGGAAUGAAUCAGACUUUCCGAUUGACUUAUUUCUGAUUCAAAGACGACCGCGAUCGAAGAGUUCUGUCACCGGUCGCAGAAGAGAUCUAGUAGAUCGCUGUAUAGUGUACUACAGGAAGCUCCCGGCGAUGAAAUCCGACGGAUUGUGUUUUGAGUGGAAAUCCGUUGAGCUGAAGUUGGCGAAGGCUUCGAUGACCUUUUUGGUUGAUAUUGAAUUAUAUCCAGCAGCCCCAGAGCUGCCGCCUAGGGACAACGGGAUGGGAAGCGGAUGUAUAUCCGAACAAGUGAACAUUGACUCCAAACGAAAAGUAAAUGAAGUCGAAAGAUCGGCCACCUCAUCAUUUUUGAAGGAAGUGACUGACGCAACAACUAGUAAUAAGGUCAGCAGGGCGAGCAAGAAGACAGGCUCCAGAAAGCGGGAUAAGAUUAAGGCCCUCAUACCGGGUACUUCGAAAGGCCGCGCGAGCAAUCCGGCCAGUUUGAAGAAUACAGAUGCAAAUGUCAUUUACUAUGAUCUUUCCACUCAAAACGCUGGGAGCUGUUGUAGCGACUAUAGGCACGGUGAAUCUCAACCGAUAAGCUUUCGGAUGGUCCUGGGUGAUGCCAGACUUUAUGAGUUGACUGAUAAAAAGGCUGAGACUGCUGAGGACGAAGCACUGCCGCUUGAACUUUCGCCUAUGGAGUUCUUCAGUGACAUUGGCAAUCGAAUCAAGCAUGACCAAGGAAUGAACUUCUCACAUGUAUUUUCGUCGCAUAACAGGCUAGUCACCAGUUACUUGGGACGAGGCAAGUGGGGCGAGCCACUGCUGUCCGACAGCCUGCUGAAUUGGUAUCUGCAGCCGAGCGUUAAGCCACUAACGGGUCCCCCACUACCUCCCAAAUGCCCGCGAGGCAUGCUGUGGGAAGAGUACUAUCUAUUAAAUCGCGGACUAUAUAGUAAAACUGUAUUAAGAUGA